UGUAUUAUCUGGUUUAUUCAAUUUGUUUGUUUUUUUUUAUUACUUUAAUAUUAGUCGUUUGUUUUCUGUCUUAAUAUUUUUUUUAUAAAAUGAUCAUUUAGUAUUAUCGCUUUUCAUAUUUUGUACUAGUGAUUUCUGUUUUUUUUUUUUGUUAUUUACAAAAUAUAAACAAAGACUAAUUAUUGUAGAAAGAUAAAUAGAAGGUCCUUAAGGGUGUUCAGUGAUCAAUGUUUCUAAAGAAAUCUCUUUUUAUACGUACUUAUUAAGUAAAUUAAAAAAAGGCAAUACUUGUUUUACUUACAAUACUUGGAAGCAAAAAUGGACAAUUCUGAGGUUAUUAAUAGUUUUCAAGAGAGUUUAAAGAGGCAUGCUAGUAGAAGGAAACCUCUAAUUUACAACAGCAGCAAAGAUGAUAAUUCUACUGUUACCACACAUCAGUAUAAUAAUCCUAAAAGUAUUCUAUCCCAUAUUUCAUCUCAAAUACAGGCAUUGCAAACUGCAGAUUGCAUAAAAAGGGAUAGAGAUAAGAAGAAAAUGGAGAAAUGUAAUAAUACACAUUUAGUACCUGUGAAUAUGUUGCCGUUAGAUGAUGAGUUACCACAACAAGAAAAUAAGGCUAGUAAAUUUGAGACCCAGUUUGUUUUGGACACUCAGUUAAUAGAAUUUAUUGAUAAAGCUGAAAAUAAUAAUAAUGAGGAGGUUAAAACAGAAGAAUUCAAAACUUUUUUUAAUAAAAUCCCUAUAGAACCCUUUAAUGGUAUUAUCAGUGAUAAGUAUCAAAAAUACAAUAAUGAGAGUAAUAUAAAAAAUACUGAUCAAAUAAGUAAUCAAAAUGUACUUGAUAAUAUAGGCAUACAUUGUCUCAAUACUAAAAGUGUAGAUAGUUUUAAAAAAGAUAAUUCAAAUGAAGAUGAUUCUAAUAGUAUUCAUAACUUAUUACAAGAUAUGAAUCAGUGUGACAUACAUUUCAAAGAAAAAUAUUUAGUAGAUCAAACAAAUUUACAAUUAGAAGAAAAUUGUACUGAAUUAAUUGAUAAAUGUAUGGAGAUUGAGUCAAAUAUAAACAGACAAGACUCACCAGAACGUAAUGCAAGUCCAGUUCUAAAUAUUACUAAAAAUUUAAAUACAAGGUCAAAAAGUACAUCUCCAUUGAUCUACAAUCUAGACUGUUUUGAAAAAUUUGAGAGAAUAGCAUAUCCCAUUAUUGAACAAAAUUCAGAUGUAACAUCAGUAAAACAUUUAAUUAACUCACAAAUAGUUGGAAAAGAGUUAGUUAUACAAACUAAUUUUGAAACAAAACUUGAAGUAAGUCAAGAGCUGAGUCCUGUAAUAAAAUUUAAAAAUAAUAAAUUGAAAACAUCUAAAAUGUGUGAUUCAGAUGUAAAUAUUGAUGUACAAUCGGACGAGUCUUGUAAUUUAUCAGAAAUAAGAGUGGAUAUGCCACUAGCUUUAAGUGCAAAUGAUUUUAUAUCAAAAGAAAAUAUUAAAGAUUUAAACAGUAAGGUAGAAGAUGAACUAUUGUUUAGUAGUGAUGAAGAAAUUGAAUGUAUACAUGAAAAUAAGCAAGAUUUGCCUUUCACAUGUGUUGUACAAACAUCAUUUUAUGAUCAAUCUGAUAUUUUAGAUAAGACAAUGUAUGUUGGUUUUCAAACUGCAAGUAAUAAGUCUAUACAAAUAUCAACUGCCUCUUUCACGAAAGCUAAAAGUCUUUUAGAUGGCGUUGACCAGAGAAAUAGUAUAAAUAAUCCUACAUUAUCAGAAUUAGUCGAAAUGUGCGAUAGCUUUAGUCCUAAACACGAUAAAACUAGUGUAUUGAAUGUGAAAAGAACUGAAAUAUCGAAGAAUCAAUCAGAUGAAUCUAAGAUGAAAGCUGACUGUAAAAUUUGUGAUAUCAGUAAAGAAUUUGAAAAUGUAAAUAUGGAUGUAGAAAUCGAUAAUGAAAAGUUUAUAGGUAACAACGAUAAAAAUAAAAUCAAUAAAAUAUGUCAGGAUAUUGAUAGUAUAGACAACGGAAAUACUGAUAAUUCGAGAGGAUUAUUUGAAACGGCUGUUUUCCCAGAAAAACGCAAGUAUGGUAGUUUUAUAACUGCAAGUAACAAAAAGAUAAAAUUAUCAGAUAAAGCUUUAAAAAUGUGCAGAAGAGUUUUCCAAGACAUUGAUUUAAGCAAAGACUUUAAUGUUGAAAAUAAAGAUUUAAAAAUAAAUAUGAUCAAUACGAGGAAAAUGGCAGACAAAUAUAAAACAUCUGACAAUAUUAAGUUUACUGAACACCAAAUGAAUGUGCUAGAUUUGAAUUUGAAAGCAGACCAUCGAAGUGUUUAUAAAAGGCUAGAUGAUGAUGUUAUGAUAAAUAAUAUUUUACAAGAUUUUGAAACUGAAAUGUUAUAUAUAGAGAAAAAUGGCAAUCAACACAUUAAUAAAGAUUUUAUUGGAUUUAAAACUGCAAACAAUGGAGAUAUUAAAAUAUCUGAGACGGCUAUGGCAAAGUCUCGAAAAAUAUUUGAAGACAUUAAUUUCUGUGAUAAAUUAAAUGACUAUUUUGUCAAUACUAAACAAAAUUGUGAUAUUCAAAACAAUGCUAAAAUUUUGGAUCAAACUCAGAAUAUAAAUCAUACUUUAUCUAGCUUCACAGGUUUCAAAACAGCUAGUAAUAAACAUAUUCCUAUUUCCGAAGAAGCUUUGGCUAAAAGUAAAAGCUUACUUAGAGAUAUCGAAAUUGACAAAUAUGCUACUGAAGUUAAAAGUGCUGAAACAGAAGUUAAAAAUUUAAUAAAUGAAGUAAAAAGAGAAAAUGCCUCUGGUUAUUUAUGUAAUGAUAUUUUAGCACACAUAAAAGAAACAACACAUGAUGGUUUUUCAAAAGAUUCUAAUAAAACAAAUCAAAUAAAAAUUGAGACGGAUAAGAAUAAUGAACAAAUAAAUUCUUUAGGCUUUAGGACAGCGAGUAAUAAAAUAAUAGAAAUAUCUGAAGACGCGUUAAUAAAAACUAAAAAGAUAUUCAAUGACAUUGAUAAUUCUGAAGUUGGAAUUAGUAAGAGGGCACCUGAAAAAAUUUAUGAAGUAAAUUUUGAAAAACGGGCUCAAAUUAACAAUUUAAAGUUUGUUGGUUUCCAAACAGCUAACAAUAAGAACAUUCCAAUAUCGAAACAAGCAUUAGCUAAAACUAAAACUAUAUUUCAAGAUAUUAAUUAUUCUGAUGCUGAAGAUCUAUCGUGCAAAGUUAUUAAUGAUCUGAAUAAAUUACAUUGUAAAAAUAAAAUUGAACAAGAAGAUAUUGGACUUCUGACGGCUAAUAAUAAAUCGGUAAAUAUUUCUACCGAGGCUUUAGCAAAAAGCAAACAUAUUUUUCAAGAUAUCAACAAAGAUAAUGAUAAUUUGCCUAAUCAGUUUGAUAUCGAACAAAACGCUCUGCCUUUUCUAGGUUUUGAAACUGCUAGUAAUAAGAAGGUCAUUAUUUCGGAGAAUGCUUUAGAAAAAAGUAGUAAAUUGCUGAAAGAAAGUGAUCUAGAUGUCAAGAUUGAUCAAAUCAACUUUUCAGGAUCUGUGAAUAUUAAUGAUAUAAAGAAAUUUAGCGAUGCAGAAAAAAAUAAUUUUCAAGGAUUUGGUUUUAAAACGGCUAACAAUAAACAUAUCAAAGUAUCUAAAGACGCAUUGAAAAAGUCUAGAAAAAUAUUUGCUGAUUUAGAAAAAGAUAGUACAGUUCUAGAUAUUCAAACAGUUGAGGGUAAUAAAGAAAAUGUUACUAAAAAUCAUAAUAUUAGUUUAGAAAAACUGAUAAACACGCAAGUUAUUAACAAUUUUGAUGAGACGUUAUAUACAGAGGACUUUUUAGAAACACCGAAACAAUCAAAGAGACCAGGCAGUCCUAUACUUUCGUGUCCAAAGCCUAAAAAAAGAAAACAAUUUGUUACACCAUAUAGAAAUGAUAAAAGCGUAACACUACAAACUCCAGAAGUAAACACAGGAAAGCAUGAACAGCUGAAUUUAAAAUCUGAUUACAAUUACAAGAAAAUUAAAAAUAUCACUCUAAAAGAUAUUAAAGUAUUAGAAACUGGUGAUAAAAAAGAUAAUAUAGAUCCAUACUUUCUAAAAUUUACAUUUAACACAUUGUUGGAGUUUGAAUUUUCCGGCGAUAGAAACGAGUUGACAGAUACGAAAAUGGAUAUGCAAUCUUUGAAAAAUUAUUUUUUGAAGGAUGUAAGCAAAAAGUUAAUACCGGACAAAUGGUUAGAUAACCAUUUAAAAUUAAUAUUAUGGAAAUUGAUAAGUUAUGAAGUGAAGUUUCCUAAUGUCAUGAUCAGAUCGUGUACAGCUGGUAAUGUAUUGAAACAGUUGCAAUAUAGAUAUCAAAGAGAGCUGUAUAAUGCCGAAAGACCGGCGCUCAGGAAGAUUUUAGAAAGAGACGACACUGCAGCUAAAUGUUUAGUGCUGUGCGUUGUGGAUAUCAUUGAUGGUAAAAACAAAAGCGAGGUAUGCACAAAUACCGAACUGCUGUUGUCUGACGGUUGGUACUGCAUAAGGGCGUGUGUAGACAAAAUAUUAAUAAAAUACUUGAGAAAUGGUAAAAUUAAAAUUGGCACCAAAUUAAUGACUUAUGGAGCUGAGUUACUCAACUGCGAACAAGGAGUGGCACCAUGGGAGGACACAUCGGCAGUCCGUUUAAAAAUCUACGGCAACUCAACACGGCGGGCUCGCUGGGACGCGCGUCUCGGUUACCAUGGCAACGGCGCCAUUUUGUCCCGAUUGUCAACAGUGGCGCCAGAUGGCGGGAAAGUUGGCCGGAUUCGAGUUUUAGUAACGAGAGUGUAUCCUCCUCUUUAUGUUGAAAAGUUUGAAGAUGGCAGUACUUUGACGAGGUCGGAGCGUCUCGAAUACAUUCAUCAAAUGAAGCACGAGGCGGACAGACAAGCCUUGAUGGAGAAGUUGUAUGAAGAGGUGGAGAAGAAACUUUCAGAUGAGGAGUCUCCAGAGUCGCUGGACAUAGACUCGAGUAAGAAAUCGAUGGACAGUGGAUCUCAAAUUGCUAGACAACUAAAACACAGCAAGGACCCCUCAGAGUUUAAGACAAACUUAACGGAAUCUCAAAGGAAUAUUCUAGAGGAAUAUAACGCAAGAAAGCGUGAUAAGCUCCUGCAAGAUAUACAUGAUAGGGUGAAGAGUAAGAUGGAUAGUGCUGGUAUCACCGUUGCAAGGAAUACAGUACCGCUGCUGAAGGUCAGAAUAGCUGAUGUCGAAGACAGGAAUGGAAAUGUGGAAGUCACCAAAGCACUACUUUCAAUAUGGAAACCAAAUGAUGCGCUAUCGGAAAUGAUAACAGAGGGCGCUUGGAUCGAAGUGUUGAAUGUUGUGCCUACAGCCGUGAGGUACUCAGAACUUCAGUUAUCGGCCGGUAGACAAACAACGUUUAAGCAAAUAACGAUCAAGCAUACUGAAAAACUUAAACCCUACAUAACGUCGAUGGUUCGAACUUGUUAUUCCAUUACACAGCUGGCUAACAAUCCGUCCAUGAUUACCAAUUACAAUGAAGUCGACACAGUUGGAAUGAUUAUCCAAAUCGAUCCACAGAAUCGAGACUUCAAAUCGAAUAAUCAAUUCCAAAAUGUUUACAUUGCGGACGAGAAUAAAAAUAUAAUCUGUGUAAAUUUCUGGGGUGGUAUUAAAAAGUUUGGUUUUGAGAACGUGUUGGACACUGGACAAAUUAUUUCAUGUGUAAAUUUGCAGAGACGAACUGGCAACACUAGGCGGGGUGUGCCCCAGUACCGAGCUACCGAAUUCACUUAUUUCACAAAAACUCCCAAAAGUGUUGCCACUAGAAAAUUAAUGGAAGACUUGGUAAAUAAUAUUGGUGUGAAUAAAGAUUUUAUUGAUGAUUGUGUUAAAAUUAAGGAUAAUAAAUUAUUAAGUUCUCGUAAAAAUGAAAAUAAUGUAACGCCAUACAGAUUUGAAAACCAUGAUAGUAGAAAAUAUGUAGACAGUCCAUUGGCGACGAGAAUGAAACAAGAAGAUUUCAAUCUUACCGGCUUAGAUUUUGAGUCGACAUUCAAACAAACAGAAACACAAGAAUUAUCUCCAAGGACAUUAGAAAGAAAGAAGAAAGUCAACGAAAAGAUCAACAAACUAAAACAGUAUGGCGAACCGCCUCCAUUAUGUCCUUUAAAUAUAAUAAAUAAAUCGAAAAACGCGGCAAAAUCCUACAGAAGUCCAUUAUUAAAAAGUGACGUUACUAAUGUUGCCAACAUAAAACAAACGCCAAGAGUUGCCAAUACAGAAAAUACGGCAAUAAAUAGUUUUAAUCAAAACAUUAGUUGCAGUCCAGUGUUGUCAAUUAAGAAAACAUUUAGAAAUGUUAAUCCAGUGAAAUUAAAUUUCAAUAGUGUUGCCACUGAUGAAAGUAAAUUAAGUAAUGAUGAAUUCGAGGGAGAGUUUAAUGGGAGUCCUCCGCUGAGUUUAGAUUGAUUUUUGAAUAACUUUUACCAUUCAUGUAUGUUUUUCAUGGCAACCGAAUAAACUUGAUGAUUUCUUAUGCUAAUUAUAGCAUUUCCCCGUUAUGUCGCAAUGACGCCAAGUGUAAAAUGAUAGGUCAUCUGUAUUCGUCUGUGAUUGUAAUUAACUGCAUGUUAUUUUCUAUAAACUUCGUGUCUUUUCCAACCUUCACAUUGGCAAAAUCGUCAGAAACCCAAUGGAGGCAUAAUUAAAAAAAAUUAAAGGGUAAACGCCAAAUUCUAAUGGUACCACUACACUAGAUAUGUAUAAAUAUAUACACAUAUAUGUGCCUAUAAACAUGUUGUUAUAUUUGUAAUAUUCUUAAAUAGUAUAUGUACACUCCUCGCAAAAAUUAAGGGAACAUAAAAAUUUUUGAAAUUUUUGGGUGAUUUUCAACAGGCUGUAUUUCAGUGAAAAAUAAUCGUACAGGAAAUUUAAAAAAAGGGUUUUGAAGCUUGAAAACUCUAGUUUUCAGAUUUUUUGGUGAAAAAAUUUUUUUAACUCCGAUUUCCAUGC